AUGCCUGCGAUGCCUGCGACCACGGGAACGACAUGCCAGACGAAGAGAAGACGGAUAGGGAUCUGCGGUGCAAGUAAAGCAGCGAUAUGCAAGAAGAAAAGGGACUGUUCUUCCAUGAAGCUUGCUGAUAUCCAAGAGUGGGCAAAGACGACGCUUGGGCUGGACAUUCCAAGGUCCACACUAGGAGACAUCUUAAAGGACUCAGAAAAAUGGUUGGGAGCUGGAAAGGAAAACGACACUACGUUACGAGAGCGCUCCGGAAGAGAAGCCAGUUUGGAAGAACCACUUUUGACAUGGUUCACAGACAUUCGAAACCGUGCCGUUCCUGUGAGUGAUGCAAUGCUGAUAGAAAAAGCAAGGUUAUUCGGCGGAAAGCUGGAUGUACCUAGCACCUUCAUGUACUCCAAGGGCUGGCUCCACCGGUUCAAGCAACGCCAUGGGCUUCGGAGGUUCAUCUUGCAAGGGGAGAGCGACUCAGUGGAUCACCAAGCUGUAGACGUAGGCAGGGGAACUUUGCGCAGCACCCUUGGCGGUUUCGCUCACGACGACGUUUACAACCUUGACGAGACAAGCUUAUUCUACAAGCUGGGGCCAUCUACGACACUGUCCACACCAGCCGGUACGGACAAAAGGCAGCCAGUGGUUACUGGAAAGUCCAAGCGCCCCCGAUGCUUUGGAAUGACGUUUGACCCGGCUGUGUACUGUGACUACUACAGCAACAGAAAAGCCUGGAUGACGACAGCUAUUUUCCAGACUGUACUGAAGAAGCUGGACCGCGACAUGCGCCUUCAGGGACGCCGUGUCAUUUUAGUUAUCGACAACGCAACCUGCCAUAGUGGCAUCGGGCUUGAGCUGUCCAACGUGGAGCUGUGCUUCCUUCCCAAGAACACGACAAGUCACCUUCAGCCGCUCGAUGCAGGCAUCAUCAAAGCAUUCAAGGCGGCAUACCACCGUGAUUUGGUGUCGCUGCUCGUCGACCGGGCCGAGCAAGGCGAGGAAAUGGCCAUCAACUGUGCAAGAUCUUAUAGCAGAGCAUAA